AAGGAGCGAAGAGUUUUGCCGACUUAAGAACUUAUGAAGGUGUGGAGUAUUCAACAUUUAAGGAAGCCUGCCGUGCAAGGCAUCUGCUGCAAGACGACGAAGAAUGGAAAAAUUCUCUGGCUGAAGCAUCAGCUUUUCAAAUGCCAUCUUCAGCUAAGACAGCUCUUUUGCUUCAUCUGUGUUUUCUGCAACCCUACGGAACCGAUCACUUUGUGGAAUGAAUUUAAAGAGUCCCUUUCUGAAGAUUUCACAAGAUUUUACUCCUUAGAAGACAGCUUUAGCCUCGCACUGAGAAACAUAGAAGACCAGUUACAAGUGCACAACGUUUCACUCACUUCUCUUGGUCUCCCUCAGCCAACAUUGAAUGAAGUUGUUUCUCUCGACGUCCCGCAGUUCGAUGUCCAGUAUGAAAGCGAACAAGCCCAAGUGUUGAACCAGAUGUUGAAUCCUGAACAGAAAUUUGUUUACGACUUGGUUUUGGAAGCUGUACGAGAUGAGAAUCCUAACACACCGAAGACAUUUUGUGUUAAUGCGUUUGCCGGAGCUGGAAAAACUUUCCUUUUUAGGACGAUUCUUCAUGCUGUUCGGGGAAUGGGCCACGUUGCCGUUCCCGUUGCGUGGACAGGUAUUGCUGCUGUGCUGUUGACCGGUGGAAGAACUGUACACUCUACUUUCAAGUUGCCCGUUCCGCUUCUGGAAAAUUCUUCGUGCCGUGUGAGACAAGAUAGCGCUGAAGGAAGGUACUUGAAGACUGCGAAACUUUUCAUAUGGGAUGAAUGCACCAUGACGCCUCAUUACGCUUUGGAAGCUGUCGACAGAUUGCUGAGAGACUUGACCGGACUGGAUGUUCCUUUUGGCGGUAAAACCUUAGUUUUAGGAGGUGACUGGAGACAAACAUUACCGGUUGUCGCACAUGGAAACCGAACAUCUGCGAACGAGAGCUGCCUCAGGAAUUCCUUUUUGUGGCCACAUUUCAAACAGUGCACGCUUUCUGCGAACAUGCGAUUGCGUCCGGAAGAACAAGAAUUUUCAGAAUGGCUUCUGCAGUUGGGAGAUGGUCGUCUUAAAAAUGACAGUGGCUUGGACGAAGACAUUAUCGAAAUUCCAUCUUCGUGUGUGGUCAACAGAUCGAUAGUAGAAGAAAUGUUUGGUUGCGGUCAUGAAUUCGACUUACAAGACUUGGCCAGUAAAGCAAUUUUAUGUCCGAAGAACGAUGAAGCUCUGAAACUUAAUGAAGAAAUUCUUUCCACGUUUCCAGGUCAAGUUUUCACACACUACAGUGCAGACUCGGUUAUUUGUGAUGACGAAGAAGAACAAGAAACGUAUCAGCUGGAUUUCAUCCACAGCUUGACGCCUUCUGGAAUGCCACCUCAUUGUCUGAAUUUGAAAGUUGGAGUUAUAGUUAUGCUUCUACGAAAUCUAAAUCCAUCGGUUGGACUCUGCAACGGAACAAGGCUCAUUGUGAAGAGAAUUAUGCAAAACGUUUUAGAUUGUGAAGUCAUCUCUGGACAGAAUGCUGGAUCAAGAGUUUUCAUUCCACGUGUUGAACUUUCACCUUCAGAUUCAAACCUCCCCUUUCAGCUCAAGCGAAGACAGUUUCCUAUCAGGCUUGCAUUUUGUAUGACUAUUAAUAAGUCACAGGGACAGACGCUUAAGAAAGUUGGAAUUUAUUUACCGCAACCAGUUUUCAGUCAUGGAAUGCUUUACGUAGCUUUUUCAAGAUGUUCGUCUAUGAGGAAUGUUCGUGUUUUAGUGAAAGACACCAAGAAGCAAGGCCGUUUGAUACCCGCAUGUUCUAAAGUAUUCACAAGAAAUAUUGUUUACAGGGAGGUUCUGCAGUAAAAAAAAAAAAAAAAAAAAAAUUCCUCAACACUGUGAAGAUGAAACAUUGAGAUUUUUGCAACACAAAUUGAAGUGAAUCAAGCCAACGCAAAAAUAAAAAAGAUUUGAG